AUGGUCGUCCCGAUCGUUCCCAUCGGCGUCAUGCUGGGCAAGGCGGACAGCGCCUUCAAGAUGGUUGGUGGUUCGUCCAUCGUCUUCAACGUGCUUCGAUCGAGGAUUUUUGGCAAGGUCCUGCGCGCCGUCGAGUACCCAGACGGCGAGCUGAAAAGCGUCAAAAUCUAUCGCAUGAACCUGCAGCGCCUGAAAGCCUGCAUCGCCGACACUCAGCCCCCUCCGUUCCCGACCGCGUUCUUGGAACCGGAAGACAUCAAGCAGAUCUCCGUCUACACGUCCCCGCAUUUCACCGAGCCGUUGCGAAACGACUCGGAUGUGUCCGCUCUAGCAGACAAUUCCUGGCUCUUCUGGAGCAAGGACAGCUACGAGGAAGACCCGAUCCCCACGCGGAGCGUCAAGCUCGACGGCUCGCAUAUGAAGAAAAAGUCCACCAGCGAGCCGGAACUCAUCAGUACAGAUCGCAUGCUGCAAGACCAGGCCAUCUCCGUCGCUCGCAGGAUACGAAAGUCGCAGCAGUUCUCGAGGUGGCAAUAUGAUCGCAUCGUCGAUCUGGCCAUCGACAGAGACUCGGGCUUGAUGGCAAUCUCGAGAAACUUUGGGUCGAGCGAUACGGAAUUCAGAAUACAUUGCGGGCGAUUGCUUAACAGGCGCGAUCCCAGGAGCAUUCUCAUGGCGGCGGGCACGGAGGGUCAGGAGGAAAUGACCGAUGCAUCUACGGAUGGGUCGGACGACGAACCGAAGCGCAGCUUGGAACCACAAGUGGAGCUGACUUCCCGUGAGUAGCGUAGCAGGGACAAGUCCAGGAGAAAGUUUUGAACUCACACGACACCAAAGUAAUCGCCUGUCGGAGACGCUGAAAAGACAGGGCACCACACGUCAGCGUUGAGUCAACGGCAACGCACUCGCUGCUAUCCAGAGGCAGACCAAGAACAGCAGAAUCUGGACAGCUAGGAGGAUGAUGCGCGUUGGAGAUAUGCGACUACCGGAGAGCGAUUGGCGCUGUGCUCGAACGGGCGGAAAUUGAUGAGGUAAUGAGGGACAGGACAACUGGCGCUUUGGUCGUUUACAUUCUAUGCUGAGUUGACCGAUAGACAGAGACGAAAGCUGCUCGUUACCGUGCAUGGCCAAGCGCAUAUCCGCAAACAGAAUGGAAUGCCUGUUAGAAAAACAUGGUGGGGUCGACAGCAAUGGCAAUGCGGAAAUCGCGACGAUUGUUGUACUUACCGAUGAGUCAUGGAGCACCGCGCGAAAAUACGAGGGCUUGGCGGUGGCGCCGUUGCUGCAAAGGCGAUUCAGAGCACAUGAAGCGUCCCAAGGAAUUCCAGAAAGCACAUGCACUGUCUGUCCCUCCGUGAGCACUGUCUGUCCCUCCGUGAGGUCAAUUGUAAAGAUAUGCUCAGGAAAUCCGGUGCAUGCCACUCGUAAACGGAAAGGGUGGGCGUGACUGGGGAGAGUAAGGUUCGGGAUUGAAAAUGUACGGAAAGCCAUAUGUGAACGAGUCAAUGGUUUGGAUCUGGGCGUGCAGUAACUUUUUGCGUGGUGUGUUCUUAAGAGCAAGACAAUAUAUAUGUAUGCAUAUCUACGUGAAGAGAUAGUCGACGAGCAAAGCUGCAGUGCUCCAAAGCACCAUAUUUUCGUAUCACAAACCAAUUACCGUCGUGGCGGACAGACGCCGUGAGUAUUCUGUCACUCUUUCCCCCCGAUAAAGUCGUUGGUAUUUAGAAAUGUCAA